CCACUUCCUUGCCUAUAAAAACCCUGACUCUCCCUCUCCUCCGCACUUCUGCCUUGUGUCUGAAUCCUCAACGUCGGUCGAAGGACAAGCAGACAAAAUGCGUGAGUGUAUUUCUAUGCACGUCGGCCAAGCCGGAGCCCAGAUGGGCAAUGCAUGCUGGGAGCUGUACUGCCUGGAACAUGGGAUCCAGCCAGAUGGACAGAUGCCCUCUGACAAGACUAUCGGAGGAGGAGACGACUCCUUCAACACCUUCUUCAGCGAGACAGGGGCAGGAAAGCAUGUUCCCAGAGCCAUCUUUGUCGACCUGGAACCCACUGUCAUCGAUGAAGUGCGCACAGGAACCUACCGUCAGCUGUUCCACCCUGAGCAGCUGAUUACAGGAAAAGAGGAUGCUGCCAACAACUAUGCUAGAGGACACUACACCAUCGGCAAGGAGAUCAUAGAUCUUGUUCUGGACAGGACACGUAAACUGGCUGACCAGUGUACUGGCCUGCAGGGAUUCCUCAUCUUCCACUCCUUCGGCGGAGGCACCGGCUCUGGUUUCACCUCCCUGCUGAUGGAGAGACUCUCUGUUGAUUACGGGAAAAAAUCCAAACUUGAAUUCGCUGUCUAUCCAGCCCCCCAGGUCUCCACAGCAGUAGUGGAGCCUUACAACUCCAUCCUGACCACCCACACCACCUUGGAGCACUCUGACUGUGCCUUCAUGGUGGACAACGAGGCCAUCUAUGACAUCUGCCGCAGAAACCUUGACAUUGAAAGCCCAACCUACACCAACCUGAACAGGCUCAUUGGCCAGAUUGUGUCUUCAAUCACAGCCUCGCUUCGCUUUGAUGGAGCCCUGAAUGUUGACCUGACAGAGUUCCAGACCAACUUGGUGCCCUACCCUCGUAUCCACUUCCCUCUGGCCACCUAUGCCCCGGUCAUCUCCGCUGAGAAAGCCUACCAUGAGCAGCUGUCAGUUGCUGACAUCACCAACGCUUGCUUUGAACCAGCCAAUCAGAUGGUGAAGUGUGAUCCACGUCACGGUAAAUACAUGGCCUGCUGUCUGCUGUAUCGUGGAGAUGUGGUGCCCAAAGACGUCAACUCUGCCAUCGCAGCCAUCAAGACCAAGCGCACCAUCCAGUUUGUGGACUGGUGUCCCACAGGCUUCAAGGUGGGCAUCAACUACCAGCCUCCAACUGUGGUUCCUGGUGGAGACCUGGCCAAGGUGCAGAGGGCUGUGUGCAUGCUGAGCAACACCACAGCCAUCGCUGAGGCCUGGGCUCGUCUGGACCACAAGUUUGACCUGAUGUACGCCAAGAGAGCCUUUGUCCACUGGUACGUUGGGGAGGGAAUGGAGGAAGGAGAGUUCUCAGAGGCCAGAGAAGACAUGGCUGCCCUGGAGAAGGAUUAUGAAGAGGUUGGCACUGACAGCAUGGGAGAGGAGGAUGAAGAGGGAGAGGAGUAUUAAGGCGUCAAACAUCAUCACGCAUUCCAAAAGUUAAUGUGAACGUCACACAUUCCUAGCAACACUCUGAUAACCUGUGGUGGUGACUUGUCAGUAUUAUCAAUAAAGUCCUGAUAAGCAUUUUAA